AUGGAUUCGAGGAACUCAAUCGAUCAUCACCACCACAACGAUUCAAUCUCCGGCGUCUCCUCUCGAUGGAGCCUCUCGUCCAAAGACCCCUCCCUCAGAGAAGUCACUUUCGGCGAUUUGGGAUCGAAGCGUAUCCGCCACGGAUCAGCCGGAGCCGACUCCGAGAUGCUGAGCAUGUCUCAGAAGGAGAUCAAAGACGAAGACGCUCGGUUAGUCUACAUCAACGACGCCGAGAGAACCAACGAGAGGUUCGACUUCACUGGGAACUCGAUCAAGACAGCGAAGUACUCUGUCUUCACCUUCUUGCCUCGGAACUUGUUCGAACAGUUCCACAGAGUCGCUUACGUGUACUUUUUAGUUAUAGCUGUGCUGAAUCAGCUCCCUCAGCUUGCGGUUUUCGGUAGAGGCGCGUCCAUCAUGCCUCUGGCCUUUGUCCUCUUGGUCUCGGCCAUCAAAGACGCUUACGAGGAUUUUCGGAGGCAUAGGUCGGAUAGAGUUGAGAACAAUAGGUUGGCUUUAGUGUUCGAGGAGGGGCGGUUUCGGGAGAAGCAGUGGAAGUAUAUUCGUGUUGGGGAGGUUGUUAAAGUUGUGUCUAACCAGACUCUUCCUUGUGACAUGGUGCUGUUGGCUACGAGUGAUCCCACAGGGGUUGUGUACGUGCAGACGACUAAUUUGGAUGGAGAGUCGAAUCUCAAGACGAGGUACGCUAAGCAGGAGACUCUUCAGAAGGCUGCUGAUUUGGAGACGUUUAAUGGGUUCAUCAAGUGUGAGAAACCGAACAGGAACAUAUACGGGUUUCAAGCGAACAUGGAGAUUGAUGGAAGGAGGCUCUCUCUUGGACCUUCUAAUAUUAUUCUCAGAGGAUGUGAGCUCAAGAACACUGAGUGGGCCUUAGGUGUUGUUGUCUACGCUGGUGGCGAGACGAAAGCUAUGCUGAACAACUCCGGAGCGCCGUCGAAGAGGAGUAGGCUGGAGACUCGGAUGAAUCUAGAGAUCAUUCUGCUGUCUUUGUUUCUGAUAGCUUUAUGUACAACCGCGGCUGCGACCGCUGCUGUGUGGUUGAGACGGCACAGGGAUGAUUUGGACACGAUUCUGUUUUACAGGAGAAAGGACUACUCCGAGAGGCCAGGAGGGAAGAAUCAUAACUACUAUGGCUGGGGUUGGGAGAUAUUCUUCACUUUCUUUAUGGCGGUCAUCGUGUACCAGAUCAUGAUUCCCAUCUCUCUCUACAUAUCUAUGGAGCUUGUCCGUAUUGGUCAAGCGUACUUCAUGACUCGAGAUGAUCAGAUGUAUGAUGAGUCUUCGAAUUCGAGUUUCCAGUGCAGGGCGUUGAAUAUAAAUGAAGAUUUAGGGCAGAUUAAGUAUUUGUUCUCUGAUAAGACUGGUACUCUCACUGACAACAAGAUGGAGUUUCAAUGUGCCUGCAUAGGAGGUGUAGAUUACUCUGACUGGAAGUCUGCAGACAGCGAACAUGGUGGAUACUCCAUUGAAGUUGAUGGAAAUAUAUUGAAGCCAAAGAUGAGAGUGAGAGUUGAUCCUGAGCUUCUUGAACUGACGAAAAACGGCUAUGCAACAAAAGAAGCAAAACGUGCGAAUGAGUUCUUCCUCUCACUGGCGGCUUGCAAUACAAUUGUGCCAAUCGUUACCAACACAUCUGAUCCCAAUGUAAAGCUGGUAGAUUAUCAAGGGGAGUCCCCUGAUGAGCAAGCGUUGGUUUAUGCAGCAGCUUCUUAUGGUUUCCUGCUCAUUGAGAGAACCUCUGGUCAUAUAGUUAUUAAUGUCCGAGGAGAAAUGCAAAGGUACAAUGUUUUGGGAUUGCAUGAGUUUGAUAGUGACCGAAAGAGAAUGUCAGUGAUAUUGGGAUGCCCGGACACGUCAGUGAAGCUCUUUGUAAAAGGUGCAGACUCAUCCAUGUUCAGUGUCAUGGAUGAAUCCUACGGCGAUGUCAUAGAAGAGACCAAGAAACAGCUUCACGCCUACUCCUCUGACGGUUUGAGAACUCUUGUCGUUGGGAUGAGAAAGCUGAACGAUACAGAGUUUGAGCAAUGGCAUUCUUCGUUCGAGGCGGCAAGCACCGCCUUGAUUGGUAGAGCCGGGUUGCUAAGAAAGGUUGCUGGGAACAUCGAGACUAACCUUAGGAUAGUAGGAGCCACUGCGAUCGAAGACAAACUGCAGCGUGGUGUCCCUGAAGCGAUAGAGUCUCUCAGAAUCGCGGGGAUCAAAGUAUGGGUGUUGACUGGUGACAAGCAAGAAACUGCCAUAUCCAUUGGCUUCUCAUCGAGGCUCCUGACGAGAAGCAUGAGGCAGAUUGUAAUUAACAGCAACUCGUUGGAUUCUUGCCGGAGGAGCUUAGAAGAAGCAAACGCCAGUAUUGAAAGUAAUGACGAGAGUGUUGCUUUAAUUAUUGACGGUACCAGUCUCAUAUAUGUACUCGACAACGAUCUUGAAGAUGUGCUCUUCCAAGUGGCAUGUAAAUGCUCUGCGGUACUCUGCUGCCGUGUUGCUCCUUUCCAGAAAGCUGGAAUCGUUGCACUUGUAAAGAACCGCACUUCGGAUAUGACUCUCGCCAUUGGUGAUGGUGCCAAUGAUGUCUCCAUGAUCCAAAUGGCUGAUGUUGGGGUAGGGAUCAGUGGCCAAGAAGGUCGGCAAGCUGUGAUGGCAUCAGAUUUCGCAAUGGGACAGUUCAGAUUCUUAGUUCCGCUAUUGCUCGUCCAUGGACACUGGAAUUACCAAAGGAUGGGUUACAUGAUACUAUACAAUUUCUAUAGAAAUGCAGUUUUCGUUCUAAUUUUAUUUUGGUACGUUUUGUUUACUUGCUACACACUGACAACCGCCAUCACGGAAUGGAGUAGUGUCUUGUACUCAGUCAUAUACACAUCGGUUCCUACAAUAAUUAUCGGUAUUCUAGACAAAGACCUCGGGAGGAGGACUCUUCUCAAUCACCCUCAGCUCUACGGUGUGGGCCAGAGGGGAGAGGGAUAUUCCACAACGCUCUUCUGGUAUAUGAUGUUUGACACAAUCUGGCAAAGUGCAGCCAUCUUCUUCAUUCCUCUUUUCGCUUAUUGGGGCAGUACCAUCGACACGUCAAGCCUAGGAGAUCUAUGGACCAUUGCUGCAGUUGUGGUGGUCAAUCUUCACUUGGCUAUGGAUAUAAUAAGAUGGAACUGGAUCACUCACGCCGCCAUAUGGGGAUCCAUUGUUGCAGCUUGUAUAUGUGUUAUUGUCAUCGAUGUUAUACCCACACUCCCUGGUUACUGGGCAAUUUUCGAAGUGACCUCAACAUGGAUGUUCUGGUUCUGCUUGCUUGCCAUUGUUGUGACAUCACUGCUUCCUAGAUUCGCUAUCAAGUAUCUCGGUGAGUAUUACAGACCUUCAGAUGUUCGGAUUGCUAGAGAGGCUGAAAAGCUUGGGACAUUCAUAGAAUCCCAAACAAUGGAAACUGAAAUGAAUCAGAUUGGUGAUCCUCCAAGGAGAUAAUAUCAAGAAAAGACCAAAUGAAAAAUUCUUUAUACCCUUCAGCGGAAGUAAAUACAAAAAUUAUAUAUUCCAUUUUUCCCCCACCUUGGUUGCUGCUUUACUAUUUCAAGAGUAGGUUUUGUUUGAUUGUAGUGUAACAAUGUUGUUACAUAAUCUCUGGCUGUAAUUUUCCACUUUGUUGUAACAUACGCACAAGCUUUCCUUUGUAAAGAGAGAAAGAACAUCGAAAAAUUUGAUUUUGUUUAAA